AUGUCACCUCGUACAAAUUCACCACCACCUUCGUCCUUUGGUUUGUACGAUGACAUCGAAUAUUCAGAAUAUAACCCCGGUUCUUCUUAUUAUCCUUCGACACCAGCAGGAGGACAGUCUUCGAAUAUAAAUCAAUUUUAUUCAACACAAAGUCCAGUAUCACCACAUUUCACUCCAUCUUUGAGUAGGAGUGACAUUACAGGUGCUGCGACUACUCGUACUCGUACUCGAAAUGGCUCCCGUAAGGUCAAGACCAAUAGCGCAGGAUUCACCUCACUUUUACCUCGAACCCUAAACGUGCCACGCAGAGUACUCUCUUCCUCUGCAGUACAAUUCUUUACACUUAUUGUGAUAUAUUCAUUUUGCAUAACAACCAUUUGUUUUAUAUUCUGCGCUUCGUAUCUCCUUACGCUUUAUGAUGAUACCCGAAGGAUGCUCCGUAAUUCACGCACUUGGGCCAAAGUAAAAAGUGGAGUAAGAGAAAAGAUCUCUAUGUUAGGUGAUGAUUGGGAAGAAUUUCUGCAAAACUAUUUCGAUCAAUCUUACGAAGGUGUAGAUGCGAAUAAAAAUGGUCACCUUGGCGGUUCAAACAUGAAUAAUCAUGGUCAAACAUCAUCCGAUGGAAAACAAGAUGAAUGGGAAGAAUGGUUCAAGUGUAUGAUGUUUAAAUUUAUUACGACGGUCGCAGGACAAGAUGCUACACUUAAAUUCCAACAGUCAGCUGCUUCAUUCCAAUCCUCUUUUUUUUCUCGGCCAACGACAGCGGCUGGUGGUGAUGGUGGUAAAAGAUGA